AUGCAGCAUCAGCACCAGGGCGGCUAUGGAGGCUGGGCAGGGGCAAACGCCGGUGGGGGCGCCAACAUGUAUGCCGCGCAGCAGCAACACCAGCACUAUCAGCACCAGCACCAGCACCAUCCCCACCACCAACAGCCGGCGUAUGGAGGCUAUGGGCCGGGCUACAACGCCUACGGUGCCAACUACGGCCAGAUGAACCAGUACGGCAAUGCCCAGCCCCACAACCAGCAGCAGCAGCAGCAGCAGAGAUUCCCCACCAUCCUCCCCAGCCCAGGCGCCAAUGGACAGCAGCAUAGUUACCGCCGCAACGAAGACAAUCGGCGCAACGGGCGGGGCGGCGGAUGGCGCGGCCCGAGGGGCGGGCCAGGAGGCAAUGGGGGCCGGCUGAGGAGGGGACGCAACGAGCGAGGAGGCGGGGCAGGAGAUAGCCGCGGUCGGCUCUAGGAAAUCGCCCACGUGAGGGCGGGCUGGACG